AUGGCUGAUCAGACGGAACUCCGUAUGAACCUGGUGGCGAUCAAGCGGGUCGACCCGUACGCGAAGGACAUUGUCAAUUCUUCCGCACACGUCGCGUUCUACGUGUUUAACAACGGGGAUAACGAGUGGGAAAAGACGGACAUCGAGGGCGCUCUGUUCAUCUACAGCCGCUUUGCGGAACCGUACCACAGCAUUUUCAUCAACAAUCGGCUCAACACGAACUCGCUGGUGGAACCGAUACGCGGCCAGAUCGAGCUGCAGUCUAAACCGCCCUUUCUGCUGUAUCGCAACGAGCGGUCCAGGAUCCGGGGGCUUUGGUUCUACAACAACACCGAGUGCUUUCGCAUCGGCGAGGUCAUCCAGAAGCUCGUGACGGAGUGCAAAGAUGGGGGCGGUGUCGGAGAGCCCCGGCCACCGGUCAACGGGAGUGGGCCUAUGCCGCCCGGGAUUAUGCCAACGGUAGGCGUAAUGAACGGUGCAAGCGGGGACGGCGAAAGCAACAACGUGGACAUCUUCACCAUGCUCACGAAGGCACAGGAAGAUUUCCAGAACAACUCCACCGGACCGCACAUCCACCAUCCGGUCGUGAUGGGCAGCGUGAUGUCGGGACAGACCGUUCCGGUCCAGCAGGCUCCACCGCAGCCGCCCCAGCAGCAGCAACAGCAGCAGCAGCAGCAGGCAAUUUCCAACCAGAACGCACCGCGUAGUGUAGUGAACUUUUUUGCCGCGGCCAAACAACCGGCCGUGAGCGAGGUGCCGCUUUGUAACACCCUCGCACCGGUCCAUACGCUGGAGCAGAUCGAGAAGCAGCACCGUGCCACGACACCGCAGAAGGACGCAACCGGCGGCAAGGUAACGCCGGAAGUGAACGAGUUCAAAAACACGCUGAAGCGCAUAGGGCUGCCCGUCGAUGCGGAAAAUUCCAACGGCCCCCAGACGCCGUCCGGAGGAAGCAACGGUCCGCAGACACCGUCCACCGGAAUGCCUGAGCUCGGUACGUCCCCACUGGCAACGUUUCUCAGUGCGGCCAAUCUGUCCGCGGCGAUGCGCGCCAUCCAACAUCAGCCGAUCGUGCUGAAAUCGAAGCUGAUCGAAAUCAGCGAACUGGAGUCGCGACAAAACGUCCAGCAACAGCAGCAGCAACAGCAACAGCACCAGCAACAAACGCCCCUACACGAGCUGUUGAAGAAGUCCGAUCCGAUUGGUGGGGGUGCCGGUACGGGGGUGGCAGCGACGGUCGUGAAACCAGCACUAAUGCCACCGACCAUGUUUAAACCGACGACUUCGACACCAACGUCGCAGCAGGGUGUGCUGAGUAAUCUUUUCCCCGGUGCGGGAACCGCCACUUCCCCGAACGCUCCGACGAGCGGUACGGCGAAGCAAGGCAACGGAACAUCCGGUGGUCAGCAGAAAGCACCCGUCGCCGGAGUGGGUUCCGCAGUUUCGGUACCAUCGACGGGUAAAAGCAAAUCGGUAACCGGUAACAAGCAGCGUGGUGAGGCGACAAGCGGAAGUACGCCUCCGAAGGGAAGCACCGGCACGGUACCACCGAACGCCGUGACGACGAACGCGACAGUGGCCAACAUCCUGUCGAGUGGUUCGAAAGCGAAUCUGAUCAACAACAACAACAACAAUAGCAGCGCCACGGGCGUGGAACCGCUGACGCAGAAUCAGCUGAUCCAGGCGGUCACUUACCUGAUCAAGCACGAUCCCGACUUUGUACGGAAGCUGCACGAGGCUUACGUGAAAUCGUUCACCGAAAUGAUAUCCAACUAGGCGAACUUGGGCGGAAGUUGAGAGAUGAGCAGAGGAUCCGGCCAUUAAUGGCCAGCGUUGAGGCGGACUUCUCACAAAACACGCGUGUAGAUGCGGAUUAGGGAUUAGAGAACGCAAGAGAACAACCCGUCAGUUAUGAGAAUUACAGGACCCCCCCAAACCCAUCGGAAUCGGUAUAGUUUGAUCUUGCCACGUGUGCAUUCGGUCAGGACAUUCAUUUUAACAUCAUCUGUACAGCGCAUCGUCACAAUUCGAAUCCGUGCGUGUCCUUUCGUCUUGCUUCUCUCUUUACUCGUGAGUGGAAGAGACGUUUUUCACGCAUUUCACGCUAGUUCUUCCUGAAUUUUCACCCCCAUCCGUUCCGUAUUUUAUUUGCGUUCGUUUACAACAACAGAAAAACAAAAUAAGCUGUAGCUUCCCUUUCAUUCAUCGUUCUAGCAUUAUGCCAAUAUUCGUUACAAUUUAUAGUUUUUUGUUUUAAGCCAACCAACAAAAAAAAAACGAACGGUGGUCCACACACAAGCACACACACACUGUUUAGACAUUAGGCUCCUGUUUGGAGGAGGGAAUUUAGCCUUAUAAGAUUUAUGUUCGUUGCGCGAGUGCAUUAUCACAUGAAAAGGACAUUCGCUUAAGGUCUAGAGGCGCAUCCAACCGAUCGAGCUAGCUUUUGUGCGAAAGCGAUAGCAAAACGAAACGAUGCAGGUCAACUGCGGCUAUGAGUUACGUUUCCAAUUGUAAAUUUUCAUACCAAUCCUGUGGGAAGAGGUCGCGUUAGCCCGCACCACCCCAUAGCCAACACACGUAGGACGAUAAAUGGUAUGGUAUACUUUUUUUUAUGAAACAGAGACGGCACCGAAACCGACCUAAGACGGCUGCUUGAGAUUACAAUUAUUGUUGAACAAGGAAACAAAAUAUAUAUGUAAAGAAAAGCGGGGUGGUUCACCCUAACAAAUUCCAACCCCUUCACCUUCUCCCUUUCCGAUCACCCUCUCUCUCUCUCUCUCAUUCUCUCGACUCUAUCCCGUAAUAAAUAAAGCCAGACAGAAACGCUAGUAAUCGUACUGCGCUAUAAACAUGUUAUUAGAACUCACCAUUGCUGAGAAUUAGCAAACAAAGAAAUCAAACAACCCCAUUCGGUGUGCUAUUAUUUGACAUCGUUAGAGGAAAACAUGUGAAAUGCGUUAAUUCCCUAGAGAACAGUAGAACCACCCAUUCUGCCCCGUUCCGCCAGUGCAGACGGAAGUCACGAAAUGCGUUACUAAAGUGUUAAUAAGUAGAUAAUUCGGAACUAUUCGAUGUGUAACGGCAACACCGCGCGGGUUGCAAACUAAACAAAAUGAAUGUAGAGAACAGUUGGAUUACGAGUACCUUCCCGGGGCGGCUUAGGAUAAGGACACCCAACAAACGAACAAAAAAACAGUCCCCCCCGCUAACGAUAGACAGCAAAAUGGAUGGAUCGAGAUGAUCACGGCAAGUGCGAUCGCUUAGCCGGUCAAGAACAGCGACAUUCAAACACGAUCAAAUGAAUAAACACCUUUUGGC